CUCAGCCAGGCACUUGGCUUCUUCCCCCCGGGGCCACCCAGUCUCCAGGCUCUGCAGGCCCGUGGGUGGGUCCCAGGCUGGGGACCUGUGCUGUGGUGUGACAGUAGUGCUGUGUGGCUGUGCCCUCGGCACUGGGCCUGUAUGAACACACCCUCUGGACAAUCUAUGGAUCCUGCACCCCAAGGAGUGUGACUGUACCCCAGCAGACCUGCUGUAUCCUCACAGAGUACCUGCACCCUGGCCCGAUGCCUACGGUGUGAGAGCACUUCAUCAGAGUGCUGGUACCCUGGUCUGGCCUCUGUGUGCCUGUGGCCUGGCAGUGCCCCCAGGUAGCUGUUCAGCAGCACGGUGCCUACGUCCUGACAAUCCUCCAGCAUGCCUGCCUGCCUGUGGAACACCAACUCCUGGCCCAGGGCCUGCAGGCGCCUCCGAGUGCUCUUGUCCCUGACCCUGUGAAGAAGGAAGCAGCCCCAGCUGUCAGCAGUGCACUUCAGCCGUGAUAGGCCGUGACACGGGGAAGUGAUGCCUGUACAGACAGCCCAGGGGACAAACCCUCAGCCUGGAGCACGCCCUUCCUGAGCUCCGCCCGUUCUCUUGGCCAGUUCCUCGCUCUCAGACGGAGCUGGCUGGUGUCUCCUGAGGGCGUUGGUGCUGGGAGCCAUCACCAAACAUCACCCUUGUGGUGAAGUGCGGGCUUCCAGGCAGCCUGGCUCGUCUCUGGGCUUUUUUCCCUUGUCACCCUCCCACAGCAGGCAGAAGACAGCCACGGGAGCCAGGUCUGUGGUAGUGGUGGCCUCGGUGGCCUGCCCUGCCCACUUUUUGUGGCUGUUCUGGGUCCAGCUGUGCAGUUGAUGUUUGCUGGGCAUUGCACCAGUCCCUGGGAGUGUCCGUGUCAGGCGGAACCCACUGCCUCACUGCCAGCACCUGGAGGGUAAAAGGGCCCACCUGGAUGCUCCUCCUCUGCUGGGUGAAGGAGACGUGGAAAGCCCAGUGCUGGGGCUGUGGGGAGCACUCAGAGCGGUGCCUGCGGGGGUUUGUCAGCUCCCGCUCACCUGGACAUGGCUGGGCAGAGAGGGGGGCUGGCCCUGCCCGGGCCCCUGCUGCUGCUGCUGCUGCUGCUGAGCCUCACCUGCCUCGCCGUGCUGCACCUGGCUCUGGAGACCACUGCCAUGGGUGUGACAGCAACUGUGUCCCCAGCUCUCCCUACCUCCUCGACCCCUAUGGAGAGCUCAGCACUGCUGCCUACCACUGACACCACCACCACAGCCACCCUCCUUUCCUCCAGCCCUGAAACAGAAGCCUCCACCUCAGAGGAGUCCAGCACGUCCACAGAGACUGGCAACUCCUCGCCUCCCACUGUACCUUCUCCCACCACAACUACAGAAGAUUCAGCCGAGUCCUUGGCAACCCUGGCAGAUACCACAGCCAGCCCUUUUAUCAGCACAUCAGACCCCAUGAGCACUCCCUCUUCAAGCUACCCAGACAGGACCACCCCUGAAAUCUUCCCCUCAACUGUGGAGUUGACUCCAGGCACUGAACCCACUUCCCCUGCCACCAGCUCAGCCCAGACCUCAGAGGCUCCUACCCUCAGCACACCUACAGACCUGUCAACGCUGCCACCAGUCUGCCCCUCUGGCUCGUCCAACACCAGUGCAUCUCACCUCUUUCUGUCUCUGCGGCUAACCACCCCUCUGGACCUGGGGAACACCACGGUGCAGGAGCUGGUGUUGUCCAAGCUCCGUGAAGACCUGCAGACAGCAUUCCCGUGUGCUGGCCUGGCACUGGCCUGGCGAGGGAAGAGGAGGACUUGACCACUGCCCCUCGCCCGGCCUGCUCCUGCCUGGAUUGCUGGGACCCCUGCUCCCAGCCCCUCACUCCAUGGUGGUACAGGCCCCUGGGGAACCCCAUACAGCUCCUCCUGGACCUGGAGCCUCCUGUUCUUCACUCUGUACCCCGAGAGGACCCCCAGUGCCCUUCCUGCCCCAUCCCACAGCCUGUCUGAAGAGCCUGAGCCCUCCCACCACCCUGCUUCAGACCUGAUUCCUGUGGUGGGACCCCCUCCAGGUCUGCUGGGGGGCUGGGAGAAGGGAACCCCACGGGACUGGGCUCUUACAUCUGGGAGUGAGCUGGCUCAGCCAUCAAAGCCACCCCAGGGACAGAGGAAUGAGAGGAAGGAGACCUGAAACCCCCAGUACUGCUGUGCCCAAGGCUCACCUGUGAUACUGCUGAGAGAGGAGAACACCCAUGCUGGGCAGUAAAUAGAAAUUCCAUGUUUUUCUGUGUUGAA